UGUCACGCAAGACUGCUGUACGGAUGAUUGGCGCGACCAUCGUCUGUACAUAAAGGUUUGACAGCGUUACUGACAACUGUUGUGGAUCAGUAUUCGGUUCACUCUCCCUGUGACAAGCUAGUACUUGCUGUGUUAUCAUUUUGAUGUGAAGGUCCAGAAGUUGUAGCUCAGUGUCGUAGGUCCAACAAAAGAUAACGUCUAAAUAAUUAUCUGUCGUGUUUAAUCACGUUUAUAUACAUGAGGAAGAGAUAUCUUUAGUACCACCAGUUAAAUAAUGUAUAGUUUUGAAGGCGAAUUUCGAAGAAGACCACAACAGAAUCUCUCCGGUGCCAGCAGGAAACAUGAGAGAAAUGAACUGCUGCAGAAAGCGCAGAUUGAACGAAGUAAACGAGAGGAGCUAAGACGCCGGCAGAAUAGUGCAAUAAUGAUCCAAGCAUCUGUACGGAGUUACUUGACCAGACUGAGACACAAAAAAAUGCAGCGUGACGAAUUUGAUAAGAUGUUGGAAGCCUAUAAGGCUAAAAUAACGCCAGAAAAAACAUUAGCAUUACUUCUUCAGAAAUUAUUAUUUUUUUAUAAUGAAGCUGUGGAUGUACAAAGACUGGUCUCAGUUUCACAAUUGUUACUUAAACAGCAUGAAAGUGUAUUAAAAACUGCUGAUGAAAGUUGGCUGUGGCGAAUACAGAGACUGUUGCACCUAAACUUACAACAGAUGGAACGAGCUGGUAGCCGUGAUUCGCUCGCUGUUGGGUUACGCAUAGUAGAAGUGUUUACAUCAUGGGAGAACAGUAUCCGUAUACUUGGAACAAAUGGCGCUACAUCAUACUUGGUAAAACUGUUCUCUCACCUAAUAGCACAUGGCUACUUCAGGCAAGUGCGUCGACUAGUUGACAGCCGAACACCACCGAUGAUGGGACCCAGUUCUAAUCCACCCACACAGCUGGCAGCCUGCCUUUUUGAACUGAUUGCACGGCCACUUAAUGUUGUCACAAGAGUUCCAGAUAACCGUUUCAGUGCACUGGUUCUCCAAGCUUUAUGUCAACACAUCCUGGCAUCUCCCAUGACUGAAGCAGUAGAGAUGUUCAUCUUACCAGCCCUGGUUGAUUUACCUCUGUUCCCAUUCCGUGAGCUUCUUGAUGCACUGAGAGAUUGUGAAGGAUUUGCUGAAGGAGAAGGCAGUGUCCAAAGAUCUACAUGGCUUCUUUUUUCUGUCUUAUUACUUGAGAAGAAACAUUUCAUUGCAGGGAGAGAUGAUGAGGAACACCUCCUGUUGCUUGGCUACUUGCAAAUUUUGGCUGCUCUGACAAAGAACUUCACUGCAUUAACUCGGAAUCAAGGAGUAUUGGAUGACAGUGCCUCUGAUGAUUCUGCAGAAGAGAUGGACCAUGAAGGUGCAGAUGCACAGGAAAUGCGGAUACUGGAAUACUGUGUCGAGAUGUUGAAUGAUACAGCACGAGUGCAGUACUUACUGUCUGCAAUAGAUCAGUCUGAAGAUCCUCAGGUGUUACAAGCUCUUUGUCAAGUGUGCCACAACCUGCUGAUAUCAAACAAAUUUGCUAUUCAUAAGUAUAAACUAAUUCACAUGCUAGCAUUUCGACCAACUUUCCUGCGACACUUGUGGAGUGCUAUUCUGGCUGUAAGGCAGACAUCGCUCUUUGGCAGUGCCACACCACUACUGCAUAUUGUAUCAAGGGGACUGCCACUGUCGAGUGAUGAUUCUGCACGCAUAGUGCCACUGCUAGCAGUGUUCUGCUCUUUAUUCAGUUUGCUUCUCAUAACACUGCAUGACGGAGAAUUCUAUGGUGAUGAUACAAUGAUAGGUGGUAGCCCUCCAACAAUGCCUUUCACAUUGUCAAGCCUUGUACAGCUGUCGCUAACACUCAAAGAAGUCUCCCUUGGUUUGGUAGAAUUGGCAUUUCCAGACUCAAGGCCUUCUGUACGUGAUGAUUAUAAGGCAGCAGUACGGGGCAGAGAGCAGCCAGCUCCAGCAUGUCCACAGGACACACAGAUGUGGGCACAUUUGUUUAAGGUUACUGUAGGUCUAGUGCGACAGCUUCACUCUCGUGACAUCAGGAGACCAUUCUGUCCUGAAAACCACUGGAUUUCAAAACAGAUUACCAUACCAGUUGAUAAACCAUCAGAUUUCACAUUAAGGCGACGUCGACUGAGAGUUUACAGGCCAUUUCAAGGACUGAGAGCGUUCACAAAGGAAGAACUAGAGGAAGGCCCACCGCUAUCAACAAAGGAAGUCCGCACAAUAACCAUUCUCAGAGAACUGCCAUUUGUAGUGCCAUUUCAAGAGCGUGUUUUAGUUUUCCAGAGUUUAAUAAUAAGAGAUAAAAUGGAACAUCAAGGAGAACAGAGUCAUUUUCUUCAAGGACCAAGUAUACAAGUUGCAAUAAGGAGAAAUUAUUUGUAUGAAGAUGCUUUUGAUAAACUAUCGCUUGAGAAUGAACCGGAACUACGCCUGAAAAUGAGAGUUCAACUGGUUAAUGAGGUUGGAAUGGAUGAAGCAGGUGUUGAUGGUGGCGGUAUCUUCAGAGAAUUCCUUUCUGAACUUCUUAAAACAGCCUUUGACCCUAACAGAGGCUUUUUCCGUCUCACGAAAGAUAAUUUUCUGUACCCUAAUCCUAGUGUUCAUCUGCUUUUUGAUGACUUCCCAAAGCAUUACUUCUUCAUUGGACGAAUGUUGGGAAAAGCACUGUAUGAAAACUUGCUAGUAGAGCUUCCAUUUGCUGAAUUUUUUCUGUCAAAGUUGGUUGGACGGCAUUCAGAUGUUGAUGUACAUCAUCUUGCAUCUCUAGAUCCUCUUAUGUAUCGUAAUCUUUUAUAUCUCAAGAAUUAUGAUGGUGAUGUUGCCGAUUUGGGACUAGAUUUUACUGUUCUGAAUGAAGAACUUGGAAAAACAAGAGUGGAUGAAUUGAAGGAAGGUGGUGCAAACAUUCAAGUAACUGCUUUAAACAGGAUAGAAUAUAUUCAUCUAGUUGCAGAUUACAGACUGAAUAGGCAGAUGAGGGCUCAGUGCAAUGCUUUCAAACAGGGUCUUGCAAAUGUUAUACCUCCAGAAUGGCUGCAGAUGUUUAACAACAAAGAACUGCAGGUAUUAAUCUCAGGAGCCCAAGUACCUGUUGAUGUAGAAGAUCUUAAACAACAUACCGUAUAUGCUGGUGGUUACACACAAGAACACCCAACAAUACUUGCAUUUUGGCAAGUAGUUGAAGGCUUUUCGGAUAUACAGAAACGGCAGUUAUUAAAGUUUGUCACUAGCUGCUCAAGACCACCUUUACUUGGUUUCAAGGAGCUGGAGCCUCCUUUCUGUGUGCAGCAUGCAGGAAGUUCAGAUCGCCUUCCAACAGCAAGUACUUGUAUGAAUUUACUUAAGCUGCCAGAGUUUCCAGAUGUCAACACAUUACGUGAUAAACUUUUGUACGCAAUUCAAGCAGGUGCUGGGUUUGAGCUUAGUUAAAUUGUCCUUUAUUUUGUAAGUUACAUGUGCAAGAAAAUGAAUAAUGUAUUUGUGUACAACAUUAAAGAUUGUGUAGCAGA